GCGCCGCGGCAAGGUCACGGGGUCUCCCGCCCGUCCCACCUCCUUGUCGCCGUGGCUGGCAUUCCCCGGGCGAGGAUGGUGCUGCGCCGGCUGCUGCUCGCCCUGCUCAACAACCCGCGGCUGCAGGAGCAGCUGGCGGAAGCGCGCCCCAUCCGCACGGCCGCGCGACUCACCGCCGCCGCCCUGACCCGCGGACUGCGCCUGCGCGACACCUUCCUGCGCGAGUUGAAGGAGGAGGCGGCGCGCGCCCGGGAAUCCUGGCCAAAUCAGCAGCGCGGGAAGGAGAAGGGGCGGGACUCGUGACCAGUUUCCGGGGAGCGCCGAGUGGAGCGGGCACAGCGAUUGGCUGGUUGCUUCUGGGGAUGUGACGAGCGGAAGUUGGUCCCCCGCUCCUCGGCUGCGUCAUUGUGUCCGUCGUCCUUGUUGCCCGCUUUCGCCUCACAGCCACAACAGCCCUGCGAGGUAGGCCAAGCGGCCGUUCGCCCCCACCCCCGUCGUUCCCAUUCUCCCGGCCUCACCGGAAGGGAAGGGAGGCCUCGAGCGGGGUCAUGUUCUCUGAACUCACCUUAGGAUUGUUUUCCGCCACCCUUCCCUCUUCAUCCCGACGUCUUCAGACCUGUCAGAGAGGUGAGGUUGAAGUUGCUGACUGGGUGACUCGCGGUGCGGGGGGAGACUUGAACCCAGGCCUCUCGAAUCAGCUCUCUUGACUACUACGUUACACCGCUAGCCCCUGCCUCUCGCUGGAGGGAGCUGAGCCCUGUUCAUAAGGGCCUUCCCAGAGGUAUCGGCCCAGGACUCAUGCCAGCAGUCUGGAAACAGGCCUCUCAGAGAAAAUGUUUACAUUUCUCUGCCCGUGAGCCUGACGGUUAACCUGGUAUGAUGUGGUCAUCCAUAAUAAUAAAAAGAAUUCGUCAUUGUAA